GCAUUGAAAGCAAUGGCACCGUGCUGUAGCCAUGGCGCACCUUGCGCACGGUUCCUGGGGACUUCAGAGCUUUUGCGCACAGACCUGCAGUCCCUGUUAAUAAGAAGAAACGCGGAUACAUCGCGUAAGACUAAUCGCUCUCUGAACUGUGCAUCAGCACAGGUGCUCUGCGACUAACACUAUCCGGACGAGUUAGCUGGAAAGACACGGAGAGCGAGGAAAGACGGAGUAGCGUGUUUCUUUUCGCAUUGCUUAGUGUGGUGUUUAACAAGAAAUACAACCAAGCAACAGGCAACAAAGACAUCUCUUUGAACUCGGGGUGUGGAAGCUGUGAAAUAAAUAGCCUGCGGUCAGGUAGAAGAGGGAGGGAGGGAAGGGUCUGGGAACGAGGGAGAGACAGAGGAGAGUCAUUUGACAUCUGUCCGCAGGAGACUUCUGUGAAGUGCAUGGAUUAUGUUUGGGCCUGGGUGAGAAAGGAUUAAAGGGAGAAUUACAGUUGGUUAGGGAAGCGUGGGGAUAGAGCAGGAGAGAGAAGACAGAAUUGCUUUGAAAUAAAAAUAAUAAGAGAGGACGGAGUUUGAGAGAAAGACGGGGGGAUAGGAGGAGAGAAGGAACAGAAAACAAAAUGCCAGAGUGAAAACGGUUGAAUGAGGGGAAAACGAGACGGUGGAAAAGUGAAAGACGAGAGAAGAGAUUAAAAACAGCAGGCGAAGCUGUGCUUGGGAGAGAAAGAGGGAGGAGGGGAGUUUGGAGAGGCAAGUGGAAGAGAACUCGAGUGAAGAAAAACGUUUUGAUUGCAAACGAGAGACGCGUGAGUGUGCGCGGAGAGAAAGCAAGCGUUUAACUUGUGCAUGAGAGAGUGGGGAGCUGAGAGAAAGGAGGGGGUAUAUUUGCAUUGUUUUAUUACCAGGCGGUCGGUAGGUGAGUGAGAGGGGGGGAGGAGCAGGCGAGCGAGAUCAGAUUCAGAGAGGGACGGAGAGAAGGGGGCAGUGAAACCCAAGGAGCCGCUACCAUUGUACUUCAGGAAACAAAAAUCCACUUGAUUUGAAGAGCAAUAACGCGCUGCACACGGAUCACGCAUUCACAGCCUCCUUUUCUUCAGCAGCCUUUCCUAAACUUCGUGGAAUACCAAAUUGCCAGCAACAAGCAAUGGGCGCAUUGGAGAUGCGCUGCGAGCACUGAAUCUAAUCGGGUGUUUCUCCCGGACUCUUUCAAUGCUGGUUAAUUUGUUUGGCUAUAGCGGGCACGCUGUAUAAUACGAACCAGAUUGGAGAUUAUUAAACCCAACCCAGCGCUUGGCAGACUGAAUUUACUGGAAUUUGAAUCAGAAACAGAUCUAAAUUCACUGUAAUACAACGCUUUCAGCCGUGAGACUGUGGGAGAAGCCGCCAUCACAUAUUUUCAAGGGAAAUUUGCCGAGGGAUUUUGAAGAAGUGCUCUGAGAUUAACAGUUAGCGCAUUUAAAAAAAAAAAGGACGCGAUCAAACCAAACACAACUUCGCAUCAGAGUUUGUACAGUCUGGUGUGUUAGUACGCGAGUCUGUGGCAUUAAUUAAAAAUGAAAAGUGAAUGCAUUUCGUGCAGGGAAGGUGAGCCGUCUUUAAACAAGCAAACAUAAAACUAUACCUAAAUAUGCUUUUCAUUAAUUAAAUAGACAGUGUAUAUUUUUAAAAUACAUGUUUAUAUAAAAGCUGUUUAAUAGACCGAGCCCUUAAAAGAUCAAUACAGCCCACACACGAUUUCACUGCAGGAGCCAUUGCCCCCCACACAGCUCGGGUUCGCUUUGGGUUCUUUCGGAGCGGUGGACGCGUCACUGUCUGUACCUGUCAGUCUGUGCUCCUGCGAAACUUUCAACAUCCGUGAAUUUAAAGCGAUUUAAAGCGACCUGGGCUCAUUGAGGCGUGUGUUACCGGCUCCGGCCCGGCUUCAGAGACGCUCCCUGGCUUCGUUUGGGGUUGUGACCCGAGUCACCUUUCCAGUCCUCUUUGGAUGGACUGGAGAAGCCGCCCGGGCUGUGGAUAAUAAUUUCAAACAGCUCCACUCGGAUUUUCCAGCCUCGGCGUGUGAUUUACGGAGCCCCGCGCUAUUGAUCGGACCGAGAAGCUGAUUGAAGUGCGGUUUUGAAAAGCGGGCUCCGGUUCGAAGUUCCAGCGAGCGUGUCUCCCCUGUCCUGACUCCAGCCUCUCCUCCUCUUUACAAUGACGGGACGGCUCCGUCUCUGACUGGGAGAUGGGAUUGGGGCCACUCUGGAUUCUGAGUUUCAUCACUGGAGCAGCUCACUGCCUUUCAGCUCCAGUGCAGGGUGUGGAGUCUGUGGUUCGCUCCAGAGUGGGGGGCUCGGCUGUCCUGGGCUGUAACCUGACCCCCCCCUCGGCCCCCCCUCCCUUCCCCCUGCAUGUCAUUGAGUGGGUGCGGCUGGGCUGGCCUGUGCCCGUCUUCAUCAAGUUCGGGUUGUACUCCCCCCGUGUGCACCCCAACUACCGAGGUCGUGUCUCUCUGGCUCACGGUGCCUCUCUGAGGAUCGAUGGGCUGCUCUUGCAGGACGAAGGCUGGUUUGAGUGCCGGAUCCUCUUUCUGGACAGACAGGAGGACGAGUUUCAGAACGGCACCUGGACCUUCCUGUCCAUCACAGCCCCACCUGUGUUUAUCAAGACUCCGCCCCCAGUGGUGGAGUCGCUGGAAGGUAAUUCGCUGGCCCUGACUUGCUCCGCCCAUGGCAAUCCUCGACCAAUCAUCACUUGGAGGAAAGAUGAUGUCAUCAUAGAAAGCGGGGAUAAGCUGGAACUUUCCAACGAGACUGUGUUCCUGUCUCCUGUGGGGAGAGCCAGCGCAGGGCGGUAUGAAUGUCAGGCCUCCAAUGAGGAAGGAAACGUCACCUACUCUGCACAACUACAGGUGCUAGGUCCUCCAGUCAUGGUCCUCCAUCCAGCAGACCUCUCCCUGAAUGUAUCCCAGGAUGCCGCGCUGCGCUGCCGUGCCGAGGCCUAUCCCUCCAACCUGACGUAUCUGUGGUGGAAAGGGGGGGAGAACGUGUUUCACAUCCAGUCUCUGAAGUCGCGGGUUCGAAUCCUGGUCGACGGCACUCUGCUGAUUCAGAAGGUGCUCCCAGAGGAUGCUGGGAACUACAGCUGCGUGCCGACCAAUGGCAUUCUGACUCCGCCCACCGCCUCUGCUUACAUCCGAGUCCUGUAUCCCGCCCAGGUGAUUGACAUGCCGGCUGAGACCUAUCUGCCAAUGGGCAUGCAGGGAGUGAUCACAUGUCCAGUGAGGGCGGACCCCCCAGUGCUGUUUGUCAACUGGACCAAAGAUGGCCGUCCGUUGGACAUUGAGACGCCCCCAGGUUGGGUUGUGAAUUCCACAGGCUCGGUUUCCAUAGCGACAGCCAAUGAGGAUGCUCUGGGCUCGUACACCUGCACUCCCUAUAACAGCUACGGAACCGCGGGCCAAUCAGCAGCCACCAGAGUCAUUCUGCAGGACCCGCCCACUUUCCGUCUGUCUCCACGGGCGGAGUAUCUACAGGAAGUGGGGCGUGAGUUGGUCAUUUCCUGUGCGGGCAAUGGAGACCCCGCCCCAAACAUCACCUGGACGAAGGUGGGUUUAACCCCUCGUUCCCUGUUCGAAGUGGCUAUGAACGGCUCCCUGAUCCUCAGCCCUCUCAGUAAGGACCACCAGGGGGCGUGGGAGUGCCACGCGCGGAACAGAGUGGCGACUGUCUCCACGCGUACCUUCGUGUCAGUGCUGGGUACCAGCCCCCACGCAGUCUCCAAGCUUGCUGUCACUCCGGGGGUCAACAAUGCCAACCUGACCUGGGAGCCGGGCUUCGACGGGGGGUACACUCAGAGAUUCAGUGUGUGGUUGAAGCGAGUGUCUCAGGGGAAACACGAGUGGACCUCUCUCCCAGUUCCUCUCUCCCAGUACAGCUUACUGGUUUCCAGUCUGUUCCCAGACACUGCGUACCAGUUCAGCGUCCUGCCACAGAACAAGCUGGGCAGCGGUCCGUUCAGCGAGAUGGUGACGGUGCUCACACUGCCUGUCCCUCAAACAGAAGCUCCACUGGUGACAUCACCACCCCUUCUGAACCCGCCUAGUUUGCUGUCAGUCAACCAGAGCCUGAGGGGUGUGGUCUUGAGGUGGAACCCUCCCCUUUCGCCGUCCCCGUUGAUCAAGGGAAUAAUCCUCCAAUCAAGACGCGAGAAUGGGGACUGGGCGGUGCUUGAUGGCUCCAUCUCAGCCAAUCAGAGCGAGAUACUGGUUCAGGGACUGCUCAGGGAUUAUAACUAUGAGCUGCGACUGCUGUCUCUGGGGGACAAUGUGAUCAGUGCCCCGAGCGAGUCCGUCAACAUCUCCACUGCAGGUAUGGAUGCAUACCCCUCUCGAACCCGCCUUUCGGAGCUGCUGCCUGGGCCCAUAUUGGCCGGGGUGGUGGGAGGGGUCAGCUUCCUGUGCUCAGUGCUGACCACCUGCGUCAUGAACCAGAGGCGAGGGAGACGCAGUAGGAAGAGGAGAGAAGAUCUCACACACGCCUUCCAGAAGGACCCGCUUCCUCCAGCUGGCUCGUUUAUUGACAGCCCCGACAGCGCCAUGAAGCUCCGCCCGCUCCUUUAUGACCACGCCCCCUCCGACAAGGCCAGGAAGUCGCAUCACCAGCAGAGGCAGCUGCUCCUAGCCAAUCCGCUGGCUUCCCCUCGAUUCGCCGUCUUCGAGAGUUACCUGGGCGGCUCGGCUCCGCCCACCUCCCCCAUCGAGUCCAUCUCGCGAGGACCCGACGGGCGAUUCACCGUGCAGCCCUACCCACAAUGCAUCACCCCAGCUUGCGUCAAGAACAGUCUGAAAAAACACUUCCUGCAGUGCCCAAACAGUCUGGCCAGCUUAGAGAGUGAAAAAGGCGGAAGAACAAGGCAUUCCUCAAAGAGUCACUCCUGUUUCACUGCUGAUGAAGAGGAGAGGAGUUUGGGAAAAGGGCAGGUGAAAGAACGCAUCUGUUGUUAUGUUAAAGAGACUGAUGACACUGAUGAGUGGUCCAAAAGCAGCGGCUGUUUUUACACAAACGAGCAAGAGGACUUUAGGAAGAGCCCCUCGCUCUUUUAUGCAAGCGAGGAUAAGAAACGGAGUGAGGGCUGGUCUGAAAGCCAGCGUGGUCUUUAUGUUAGCAUGAAUAAGACAGAGGAUGGGGAAUCGGCUAAAAGCAACUCUCUUCUGUUUGAGAAAGAGACGAAGGAUCCAACUGAGAGAAGUUUGACCGAAAGCAGUGCUUCCGAUUUCAGUAACAUCACUGAGAUCAAACUAGGCAGCGCCUUCCCUAAAAGCCACAGCCAGUUUUAUGGAAACGACGAAGACAAAUUAGACAUUGAUGUUCAGAAAAGGUCUGCCUAUUUUUACGCCAAUGAGAAACUGGGAGGAGGGACUGUAGAAGUAGGUCACCCCACUUCUACUCAAAAGGAUGGGUACCCCGUCCACUCACAGAUGAGGAAAAACAGGUGUAGCAAAUCUGAAGUCUGGAAGGAGAAAUACAAUUGGACACAUUCAGGCCUGGGGGAUGAGUCUUUGGAGGAAGUGGCCAUCCUAAACCCCUCCCCUUUUAAGACAGGGGGGGUUGACUUGUCCAGACAAGGAGGAGAGAUGGAGAUAGAGAGGGAGAGGGAUGCGUAUUCAACGAGUGCCCUUCCUUUAGAAAGAGAGACGCAGAGGGAAAAACGUUUGACGAACGCCAGCAUCUUGGUGUCCCAAAUGGAGCGAGAAAGAGAGGGGAGCAGUCUGAACAGAUACUAUAAACACGCAAAAGAGAGAGAGAGCAGGAGAGAGGGAGAGAGCUACUCAGUGAGCCAGGGUAACUUAGAGAGAGGGGGCAGGAGGGAGAGGGAACCAGAAGAAACAGAUCCUAUAUGGAAACCCCAAUCCGUAACCCUGCAGUUAAAAGACAAGAUGCCGACGGGCAAGGACCAGAGGAAUUCUGGGUUCCGGAAAGGCCAAGCCUCCUCUUCCCCUUACAUCCACUGGGAUACCAGCCCGGUGACCUCGAUAACCACUCUUAUCCCAGUCCAGAGCAGUCAGAACACGAUGCCUCCAGCUGGGGAAUCUACUCUAGUUACUACAGAUAAAUCUACAGCUGACAAGCAGCCUCCCUCAAUCUCCCUCCUCUCUCCACACAGUGCUACCUUCUCCGGUUUUGCUGGGGACAUAAGAGAGGCUAAAUCGAGGUAUCCAGAAAGCAUAGAAAGAGAGGAAGCUAUGGAUGCAUAUUGUUCUGCUGCUACUCUCGUUUAUAAGACGGAGAGAGAGCAGGAAGGGGGCGCUGCCUUCAUUUCUAAUCCAGAGAUGGAAGGAGACCGUUAUUCGACCAGCACGAUCCUAGUUUGCAACCAGGAGGGAGGGAGUGUGAGGGAGAGGGAGGGAGAGAGCGAAAGAGGGGUGGAGAUGGAGAGGUACGAAGCUUGUUCUGCCUUUCUUUGUGAGCGAGAGAAGGAGGGAGGGACAGGAGAGAGGUUGAGGGAGGGGGAGGGAGCGAUGGGGCAUGGAAACACUGAUAAACACUCAGAUGACAGUACUGUCAUAUCGCCAAACCCAGAAAAGGAAGGUGUGAGAACUCGUUCUAGAAAAAGUGACAAAUACAAUUUCAGCGCUAGUGCCAGUAGCCUUUCCCCGUUAGCCUUAAUAUCCGAGAAUGAUUCAGGACAUGACCAGUCUGACUUGCCUAUCUAUAAAUCACUCAAUUCUUCAAGGGUAAGGCUACAGAAACAGCCAUCCCGGUCUCCUGCAAGUACCUCACAAAGGUCCAAACUUCAGACCAGUGCGAUCCUGGAGUAUCUGAGCUCACCUGGGUUUAUUGAAAUGAGUGUCGACGAUCCAAUAGAUGAGCCCGAAACUGAAGACCCACCCGGGCCUGGUGCAGAUGAAAAGCCUGGGAGUUUCUUGCAGGGUUCUAAAUCUUUACAAGAGAAUUCAGGGCCUGGGAGUUUCGUGGAGGAGAAGACUGCUUUCAGUUCAAAAUUCCUCCAAGACCCUUUUGAAGUUAGAGAUACAAGCUUGAGAUCAAAUCCUUUGGAGAACUGGCAGCUUCCUGCAGACCUCGCACCAGCAAGUGUCCUAAAACAGUCACCAGGGUUUGAGUCAGGGCCUACCUGGGACCAAAAUCCUGCAAGUUUAUUUAACGAUAAGCCCAGUUUAGAGAGCACCGGAGAGUUUACAACGUCGAUACCUCAGGAACCUGGAUAUUUAGAGAACGAAGCAGCUUCUCAAAAGAGAGACGGUGUCUUGCUGGAACAGACUUCCUCAGAUCUGCAAAGCCAGAACAGGUUUACCUGUGAGACUUCACAGUGGCCUAGUCACUUCCAGGGGCAUCCUGGGACUUUCCGGAUCAGGUCAUCUGGUUUUGAAGCUUCAAACACAGAUAGCUUGUUGAGGCCUCCGGAGGCUAAAAGACUACCCUUCAGGACAUACUUGCCACGGGGCUACAGCUGGCCGUCCCCCUAUCACACCUCUUUAGAGCUGAGGGAGUCGGAGGGGGAGGCAGAGAGCGAGACGAGGAGGCAGGGAGAGAGAGGGGCUGAGAUUGAAACGAAGGCUGUGGGGGAUGUUAAAGAGGCCCGAGCUAGUUUUGCUAGUCAGAGCAGUGGCCGGGGGAGUAUAGGGCCCACCUUCGCUCCCUCUCUCCAUCGCUACUCCCUCUCGCUCACUCCCUCUCUUCCCGCCUCUCCCGAAACCACUCAGAACGAGGCAGAGGGUGAAACUCGAGCGGAGGAGACAGCGGGGUCCGUGCCGCGCCUGGGGAGCAAAGCCAAGAAAAGGAGAGACACUUCGGUAGAUGAAAGUUACGAGUGGGACUCUGUGGACUUCCCUGUGGAAUCGGAGAUCCUGGAGGCUCUGAAACUCUACAGCAGAGACAGCAAUGCGAGCGAGACAGCGGGAGAGCGGAAGAGGGAGAGACCCCGGUCUACCAUCGCAGUGAGGGAGCUGGAGAGCAGAGGUCGGCUCUCCCCAGACCCCCCAGUGUCCCCUGCCUCUUCCCAGUACAGACUCCCAGUGCGAUCGCUCAGCGAGGCUCGAUUCAACGAGCUGAGACAGGAAUUCCUGGAAUAUCGGAGAGAGCAGGAAAGCAUCCGAGACAAGAAGCCCGACUCCGAGACCACGCAGCUGUGAAGGGUCUCGGGGAAAGUGCCUUUUACUGGUAGAGCCGAAGACUGAUUACUGGGACCAGUCUCUGUGACAGACUCGAGCGGACUCCUCUCUGGGUUCAAGCUGCAUCAGACGGAGGCGAGGGACCCCACUAUCCGGGUCACAGCGGUCCGUUUUGCAGCUCAGCGAUGACCAGAACACUGGAUCCUUUUACAUCUUCUCAGCACUACCUGACAAUGAAAUACGACUGAGGCUCCAGGCACACCUGGGAGGAACCUGAUGAAAACUCCAGGAGAUUCGGGUGUGGAAGAGAGCAUUUCCAAACCCUUAUUAUCAUUACACCGAGACAGACUGACACCUAGUGGCCGAGCAGGAGCCUCUGAGCCUUCCUGUGGCACUCUGUGUAAUUGGAACCUGCUCUGGGAGAGUUGCAGGUCACCGUGUUUGGAACGCGUUGGGCUAGAGUUCAGAGGAAAUUGUCUUGAUGCUGCAGUGCAUUCCACUAGGAGAACAAAAAAAAAAAAAAAGAAAUCGGGAUUUUAAUAAAGAAAAUUGAGAAAUCGAAAAACACGACGCCACUGGCAAUGCAACUAAAAUCAAUCGAAAGCGUUUUCCUCGAUUUUAUAUAAUCGCAAAUUAAAUGACUUUACUUUAUGACUUCAGAACAUUUCCCUUAAUACACAUGAUCAGGAUGGGACAAGCCUCUCUAUUUAUUUACUGUGUAUUUCGUUUCUUAAGUGGGACAGGGCUGUAUAAAAUGGAACUUGUCAUUUAUAAAGUCACUCGGGAAGGACAAAUUACAGGCCGGUUCCAAACACACAACGCUUGUGACGGUGAGAGAGAGCGAGAACAAGAGCGAGAAUAUAAGAGAGAGAGAGAAAGUGAGAAUGAGAAAGAGAGAGAGAGAAUGAGAGAGAGAAUGAGAAAGAGAGAAAGAAUAUGA